CUGCUGUACCUGGAAGGCUGUGGCUUACUAGGUCUCAGGGGUGUGCGAAAUCAACCCCCUGCGCACACGGGACCCAUGAUGAGAAGGGUAACCACACUUUCAGGCAGAAGCGGUUAGCGGCUUUAUUGACGGGGACACGUCGCCGAGAUCAAGCCUUGUUUUGCCUCGAGGCCCCUCUGAAACCCCAGCUGACCCGGGUACCAGUCAAGUAUGUAACUCUUGAUCUCUCCUGACACCACCACUAUGUAUUUCGAAUUCAGGACCGAUAUCGUACCAUCUAUCUGCUGAGGCAUCUUCUUGCGCCAACUCUUAACCUCCUCAGCAUGCCCUCUGACUUGGACGCCGCCGCCAACAACCCCGCGCCAUGCAGCGUCAACCGUCGCAUGGGCGACACCGAGUUGUCAUACUAUCUCCCUGCAAGGGCAAACGGUGUGAACGACAUGUACCUUCACAUUGGGUUCGAUGCCCCAGAUCAUCUCGUACAGCGCCCACGCGUCCGACUCGUAUGGGCUAUACUUCGUACGCGACACCCUCUUCUGUCGUGUUCCGUCGCGAUGCAUAGCUAUGAAGACGUUAGAUUCGUGUAUACACCACCUCUGACACCACAAGAUGCAUUGGAAGAUGCGGAUAAUAAUCUCGAAUAUAAAUCCGUCACCAAGGAUGAACUCAUCGGUAAUUAUCUCAACGGGGAGCGCACGUUAUCCAAUCAACGUAUAUCCUACCUCAUCAUCUCCAGUGAUACGGCGCCGCUCCCCACUCCACCACUCACUCCUCGGGAGCUAAGCGACGUACCCGAAACGGAGCCGGAUCACAAUUACGAUUUAUUGAUCUGCGCAGCUCAUUUCCUUGGCGACGGUAUGGCAUUACACCAGUUCGCAAACGACUUCUUUGGCUUGCUCGCGUCCGAAAGGAGCCUGCAAGAACUCGAGAUUCUGCUUAACGAGGAAUGGAAUCAGUCUUGCCGUCUUAGUCCUGGAAAGGUGUUUACACUGCCAAAUUGCCUGGAAGACAAUUUCGCCCCUGAACCAAGUAACUUGCGCCGUGCAAUCUGCAAAGUAGACUAUCAACUUUCUCAGGGAAAGCAGAUCGGUGGACAGGCUUUCCCACGCAAUUCGCGACAGCCAAGGCGCACAAUCGUUCCCACAGUGUCCUAUGACGUAGACCGCACAAAAUCUGUUCUGAAGCGUUGCAAGGCAAAUGGUGUCUCUAUCUCGGCUGCACUUUUCGCCAUUUGUAACAUGGCUUGGGCGAGAGUGGGCAAUGGUCCACCCGACCUACCAACCUUGAUGUAUUCGGCUGUGAACCUUCGGCCGUACUUUAAAGUAAACCCUCCACAUGAUUCCUACUGGUUUCUCGCCGUGGGAUAUUUCAACGUCGUUUUGCCGAACAUUAUUCCCCGCUCGAUAGCGCCGAGUUCAACGUUCUGGCACAGAGCACGAUCCGCAAAGGUUCAAAGCGCAAAAGUAGCCAAGACUCCCAUGUUCGUAUCUCGCUGUCGUCUGACGGCAGAAGAAAGGGGCCGACGUGCGCGAAUGUGGGCGAAAGAAGACGAUGAAAGGGAAUGCGGUACGUAUACCCCUCCGGCGCCAGCGCCUACCCCAGCACAACCCGUGAAACCUCGUGUGCCGUCCUCGGCACUCAUUGGUCUUUCGUUGUUGGGGAACCUCGAUGGAAUGUACAAACAUGCCGCAUUCCCAGCUGUCAAGCUCCACACCCUAACCACAGGCAGUCGGCAACGUUCCGGAGGGAUGCUGUUAUUCGGCUACACAUUCGCAGGCAAACUGUGGGUUAGCCUCGGUUACGACGAGAACGGAUUCGACAAGGAAGUCGUGGAGAAAUUUUGGGAGAACGUUUUGAGUGCGAUGGACGAGUUUUUGUAGAGUGAUGCUGGAUAGACUUUCUUUGCAAACUGUGUAGAAACAUUCAGAUGGACUUGUAGAUCCGCGUCUUGUUGACGCCCUGUAUUCGUUACUGUGCUGUACUUUGGCAAGAGGACCGAACAUGGUAUUUGGACAACCUUGCAGUAAGAGAUAUUCUCGGCUUCGUUGUCACCGACUGACAGCGGGUGUCUCAAUUCACGCAUAGUGGCUGACAAAAAAUCCAAAACAGUGCCAUGAAAACAGGGGGCAAUCAGCUGGAACAGUCUGAAUCAUCUACCACCGCGUCGCGACGCGCUUGG